GCGCUCCCGCGGGCGAUCGCGGGUCCGGGGUGCGCGCGGGGGGCGGCGGGGCCCGGUGUGAAUCUGCGUAGCAGCCGGGCCCGGCGCAGCCGCGGGGGGACGAGCUCCCUCCCGGCUCUGCUGCAGCCGGGCCGGAGGGGGCAGCGCCGCCCGCACAGGCCUCCGAGACCCGGGCGGCGGGGCACUGCAGACCGACCCCGAGGGAGGCGGGGUGCGCACCCACAGGGGCCCUGGGGCCUGCCCUCGGGGCGGCGCCAAGAUGGGGAGACUGAGGCAGAUGGAUGGAGAGAUGGAGGUGGCCAGACAGGCGGACACGGGAAAGGGUGGGGAGAGAGCCCCGCAGAGGACAGCGGCGGGGAAGACAGAGAGUCAUUGAGCAGACAGACAGACAGACAGACAAGCACAAGUCUGCAGAGGGACGAAGGAUGAAGACGAACAGAUGCCAAGAACCUGAGAGGGGUCUCGGGACUGAGCUCAAGACAGAACUGAGUCGAAGAGCCCCCAGCUCCUGGGGUGCCCCUCCACCUAACAUCCCAGACUGGGUCCUGGCCAAAAGGAAGCUUCCGGACACCCCGAGCUGACCCAUCUCUCUGGCCUCCGAGUAGCCUCACUCUGUUCAUCGUGGAGCCCCUUUCCAUAUGGUGUUGGAAGGCAACCCGGAAGUGGGGUCUCCGCGAACCUCAGACCUCCUGCACUCGGUGAGCCAGGGCCCUUGCGCCCUCUCUUCUCCCUGCGAAGGAGCGCAGCCAGGCGAGAAGCCCAUCAAGUAUGGCGAACUCAUCGUCCUGGGAUGCUGUGAGACAGGAGGUGAGGAAACCGAGGCUCAGAGAGGGGAAGUGACUGGCCCAAGGGCACACAGCUGCUAUAACGGCUGUCUGGCAAGUGGGGACAAGGGCCACCGGCGAAGCCGCCUGGCACUGAGCCGCCGGCCACAUGCCAACGGAGUGAAGCCUGAUGUCAUGCACCACAUCUCCACGCCGCUCGUCUCCAAGGCCCUGAGCAACCGCGGCCAGCACAGCAUCUCCUUUACGCUGUCCCGGAGCCACUCGGUCAUCGUUGAGUACACACACGACAGCGACACCGACAUGUUCCAGAUUGGCCGCUCCACAGAGAACAUGAUUGACUUCGUGGUGACAGACACGUCCCCAGGAGGGAGCACCACUGAGGGCCCUUCUGCCCAGAGCACCAUCUCCCGCUACGCCUGCCGCAUCCUCUGUGACCGCCGGCCACCCUAUACUGCCCGCGUCUACGCCGCUGGCUUCGAUGCCUCCAGCAACAUCUUUCUUGGGGAACGGGCGGCCAAGUGGCGGACCCCCGAUGGCCUCAUGGAUGGUCUGACCACCAACGGGGUCCUGGUGAUGCACCCGGCAGGCGGCUUCUCUGAGGACUCAGCCCCCGGUGCCUGGCGGGAGAUCUCGGUCUGCGGGAACGUCUACACCCUGCGGGACAGCCGCUCAGCACAGCAGCGGGGCAAGCUGGUGGAGAACGAAACCAACGUGCUGCAGGACGGCUCGCUCAUCGACCUGUGUGGGGCCACGCUGCUGUGGCGCACACCGGCCGGGCUGCUGCGGGCACCCACGCUCAAGCAGCUGGAGGCACAGCGGCAGGAGGCCAACGCGGCACGGCCACAGUGCCCAGUGGGGCUGAGCACACUGGCCUUCCCCAGCCCGGCCCGCGGCCGCACAGCCCCCGACAAGCAGCAGCCCUGGGUCUACGUCCGUUGCGGCCACGUCCACGGCUACCACGGCUGGGGCUGCCGGCGCGAGCGGGGCCAACAGGAGCGCGAGUGCCCGCUGUGCCGCCUGGUGGGGCCCUACGUGCCGCUGUGGCUGGGCCAGGAGGCCGGCCUGUGCCUGGACCCCGGGCCACCCAGCCAUGCCUUCGCGCCCUGCGGUCAUGUCUGCUCCGAGAAGACUGCCCGCUACUGGGCACAGACGCCGCUGCCCCAUGGCACCCACGCCUUCCAUGCCGCCUGCCCCUUCUGCGGGGCCUGGCUGACCGGCGAGCACGGCUGCGUGCGCCUCAUCUUCCAGGGGCCGCUGGACUAGCCCCCGGGACCCCCGCCUCCCACAGCCCCGGGGAGCUCUGCAUGUGGGACUCGCCCACCAGACAGACACACUGGAUGGACCCCCUGCCCGUCCCCCUGAACGCUGGCACCGCCACACCAGCCGGAGUGAUGGCUCCCCCAACACUGGCUCUGUCUUGGGCUGAUGGAGGGGAGCCUGCUGCGGUGCCACAGCCCACGUCCUGCCGCGACACUGUGCUCCUGGGGAAGUGAAAGGGCCCCUUCCCCGACUCCCAGCUUAGGCCCCGGUUCCUCCCCCUGCCCCACCCCCACCCCUGGCUCCUCUGUAAACCUGCUCAGCUGCCCUCACACCCCCUGCCCGCAUGUGUGCAAUGCCACCUGCCACCCAACAAGUGACCGCAUGCUGGACAGCAGCUGGGACUAGCCUCUGCUGGGGACACCGCGCCAGACUCCAAGCACAUGGACUCAAGGGGCCCAGCCAUGAUGGAGCCCAGUUCCCUGCUGAGUGGGAUCCCCGGUCUCUGGGAAGACUGAGCAGAUGGUCACAUGGCUUCCAGUGUGCAAGGACCAGAGGGUGGCUGGGCUGUGGAGUGGGUCUCAUGAGGGCGGGGCAGUGCCGUGAGGACCCUGACCUUGAUGUCCACUGGCAGGGAGGCCCAUCACAGUCUCAGAGGGAAGCAAUCCUGAUGGAGAGAGAGAUCCCAAGUGGAGGCUGGGCUGCAUGGGGAGGGGGAGCUGGAGCAAGACAUGGGCCAUGUCGAACAUGCUGGGGGGAAGAGGAUGGAGACCUUUUUGUGGAUAGUUGGGGGUGGAGGGCGUAGAGCGGGUGGUGGUUCCAGAGCCUUGGCUGUGAUGCAAGGGCUAUGCCACUCAGUGCCCACUGUGUGCCCGCACUGUGCUAACAACAAUAAUAAGUCUUCACCCGGCACGGCAGGCACCAUG